UUCACCAACCAUUCUCCCGCGUUUGAUGACUGGAGCCGCGGCCCGCUUCAUAUACAGAAUCUGGGGUUUGGUACAUACGAGAGCCCGCCAGAAGGGACGAGAACUGCCGAGGAGAGAGGUCCUGUGCUGUUUCGUUUUUAAGAAUGGCCUAGGGCACCUAUGUAGGUAGCUGGCAGAGCCUGCUACUUACUCUGAUUUACGACAUCGCACUGCUAGCUUCAACUCUAGGAAACAGAUUCAAACCAAGUCCCCUCUGAAUCACAAUGAAGAACGUCGUCGCUCUCGUCGCUACGGCAACCCUCGCCGCACAAGGCGUCUCCGGCCACUACAUCUUCCAGACGCUAUCAAAAGGCACCGAGAAGGGCACCGCAUACGAGUACGUCCGGCGAAACACCAACUACAACUCUCCCGUCACCGACCUGGCUUCCAACGACCUCCGAUGCAACGUCGGCGGCGCCACAGGAGGCAACACGAGCACUCUGGAGAUAAACGCCGGUGACCCGUUCACCUUCAGCCUCGACACCCCCGUGUACCACCAAGGCCCCAUCUCCUUGUACAUGUCCAAAGCCCCGAGCACUGUCGAGGAGUACGACGGCAGCGGGGAUUGGUUCAAGAUCAACGACUGGGCGCCGAUCUUCAACGGCGGCCAAGCUUCCUGGACCAUGACAGGCAGCUACUCAUACACCAUACCCAAGUGUAUCCCGGACGGCGAGUAUCUCCUGAGGAUCCAGUCGCUCGCCAUCCACAACCCCGGCGGCGUCCCCCAGUUCUACAUUUCCUGCGGCCAGGUCAAGGUCAGCGGCGGUGGUAGCGCCUCGCCCUCGCCCACGGCCAAGAUUCCCGGCGCUUUCAAGGCCACCGACCCCGGCUAUACCGCCAACAUCUACAGCAACUUCCACAGCUACACUGUUCCGGGCCCGUCUGUCUUCACUUGUUAAGAUGGCUCUUAACGACAGUCGACACGGUGUUAGGGUUGGUAGACAGAUGAAAGGGGCAGUCAAGAUAUUGUCUCACGUGAUAUAUAUCUCCCUAUGAUAAAUCAUGCCGAAGCACACUCUUUUCUUUUGGUCACCAUUUUACAUCGUCCAAUCAGGUAGUGAGCGUUUAUAUAGUCAAUCAAACUUGAGUUACCGCCAAUGUAUAGGACGCGAGAAAU